ACAGCGAAGUCAACGUGGUGUCGUAGCAGACGACAAUAUCAAUAGCGUGAAAAUCACUGAUGCAACGAAAUGAUGAUAUAAAAGAUGCUGGUUUCGUUUGUUGUUGGAUAUUUUCCUUACAUGUUAUACACAAACUAGACCACCAUCGAGAACUUAAAGCAACUGGAUUUGUUCACAAUAGCCGACCAGCUGUUUACAUCGCCGAUGUUGCAAUUAUAACUCACUGGAUAUUAUAAUUGUCACUAUGAAAAUCAGUUUGUUUCAGACAUUCUUUUCUUUUUGCUAAAAAUCUUGUUACAAGAUACUGAAAAAAUUCCAUCGUAGAAUUUCUCAUGGAUUUUGAUCUCCGUUUUUUUUUUCCGAAUGUCAUUUGGGAUUAAACCUUUGUGAUUUAUUGGACUGACAUUCAUUUCAGCAACAUAGUAAUUACUAUCGAACUUUAACAGGAAUUGUUAUCGGAGCAGAGUUAAAUUCACAUCUGGAACAUAUAGUUAAACGUGCGUGCUAUAAGUGCUGUGUUGGAACGGGGAAUAACGUCAAAAAUGUGCCUUCAAUAUGUUGUAAUUUUUCUUCUUAAUACUGUCCUGACGGGAGGAUUAUCUAGGAAUAGAGAUGUCUGGGAAAAAAUCAGUGUACGCUAUGGAUUCUGGAGAACUCUCCCAAAGUACGAAGGCCUAGCGUCUGGGGAAGGAUAUAAACGGUUCAACGACGUGUGUAAAACGGACUAUUUCCAUGGUUUCCUAUUUACAAAAGAAAUAGAUACACCAGCGUUACCGAUUUAUGACUUAAAUGGCGAACUUGCUGGUGUGCAAACAACGAUCCCCGGUAAUAUGCAUGGGUUCGACUCCCGCAAUAUGACUAUUGACCUUCCACCCGUAGAGAUAAUGCCUCCAGUGCUUAAAGGUCAUAGAGACAAACAUGGUGUUUUACAUUACACAGUUACAGCUUAUUUCAAACACCCAUCCCUUCUAUGUAGUCCAUUGCUUCCAGAAGGGGUGAGGCCGGGACGUGGUCUUUAUAUUCAAAUGGGAAACAAUCCAGAAAACCAUCACCAGCACAUACCACUUCAAAGUAAACAUCUUUCACAACUCUGGAAGAAAGGCCACUGUGCACCGCUAAUGGGAACACAUUAUUUUAUGGGUUUGACACCUUCUUUGCCAUGUGAAAAGCUUUACCCGCUGUUCUUAAUGUAUGAUUUAGAAGGAAACCUAGGGGCAUUUGGUUGGGUGUUCCAGGGACGACCAAACAACUUUUACGUUGAUGACAGCGUCGGAUGGUUUGGACUUACGCCAAAUACAUAUCCAUUUUUAUUCAAACCCAGCAUGUUACCAACAUGUAUGUUACAUCCAUCAUUUCAAGUAUUUGGUGUACGUAUCUAUCUACAAGAGCAGGACAAACUUCUAUGUACGAGAGUCGAUAAUCUUAACAAAGAGGAACAAUAUCAGUCAUUGCAAGAGAACGAGGUGCAAAAAACUGUUAUAUCAGUUAAUAAUGACGAAGAUAAUGAAGAUGAAGAGCAAAAUGAAAAUACAAAUACAAAGAAAAUUGAUGACAGCAAACACAAUAGUCGAUCAAGAGCACCUCUAUCAAGCGUAACUUCAAACAUGUUUUUUGUUUCAAUAACGGCUCUUGCUUUUUAUUUCGGGCAAUUCAGAUAGCCCAUAACAUAUAGCAUUAUGCAACAACUCCCAACCACUAACCCCUCUGGGUUAAAAAUAUAGCAAUAAAGUGGAGUCACCGCAGCAGUCCAUGAUGUCACUCAAAUAUGCAAAUUCCAUAUCGUCGGUGACAAUUUGCUUGACGGACAGAGACUAACAGAAGUUAAAGAGGUGUUGUUUUGUAGUAACAACGUUACUUGUGUUGCUACAUUUCAAUGAAUGGUGUAACACUGAUGAAUAGACAGUAUAAGAUAUAUGCAAGAUAUCAACAGAUACAACUUGAAGCUUCUUGUUAUUAUUGUAUGUCUAAUUAUGUAAACAUCGGUAAUCAGUCACAACAAGUUCUUACAUUUGAUUUGCACGGUGACGCCGUCUGUAAAGGAUGAACGUAACUCUUUUGCCCCAACGAUCUAACCCUUGCUUAUUGUGAAGCUUCCCGUCACGUAAUGUUUGUUAACAUACUCACGUUGUAUAUAAACACAGUACUAGAACUCUUGAACCCUAUUAUAGAUGGACAAAUGUCAAAAAGAGCACAAAGCAAUGCAUACACAAAAACAUAUUACUGUGCUUAUUUCAUUAUAAUAUCAAAAACAUUGUCUGUGUAUGUAAAUAGGUAUUAAAAAUAUGAUGUAUCAUAUUAAAUCAGUGGCAUAAGUAUGAGUUAUUCGAAUGACGUGAAAACAUCACUUCCACAAACACUAACUUUCAAACGAAUUGCAGAAGCCAUUGCAAUAUUAUUGAAAAGUCACGACGCAGAUCAUUGCUUCGCUUCGCAGAAAACUAAUCACAAUUAUUCUCAGGAUUAAUCAUAUUUGUGUACUUUCUGCUAACAUUUACAGAACUAUGUAUCCGUCCAAAACGUCUGAAACAUCUCAACAUCUCUCGAUAUGUAACAGAUCACAGUUCACCAAUUCAAUUUUGCCAAAUUCAAUCUGCCAAUGUCUGUUUAUCUAAUAUAACCUAUCGCGGGAAAAGACAUUUCACAUUUAGAAGGAAGUAGAACACACACUUCUAAACUAAUAAUAAAGCAUUGCCAGUGUUUCCAAUAAAGAUGCGAUUCAACGGAAAAUAAAAGAGAACAAUUUAAAAUGGAGAGACACGAUCAUUAUAUUAUGAAGACGUCAUUCGUAAAUGUUUAGUGCUCAAAGCUGCUAAUGGCAUUGAAAAUUUAUAAAUAAAGCCAAAUAGUGACUCACAACUUUUGCCUUUGGAUAAAUAGAAACUAACUGCAAAGCAUUGGCAGAUGGAUCGGUAUUAAAACUAAAAUGUAUGCAACAGUAUUGUACAUAAAUAAGACUUGCGCAACUUAUGUAAAAGGAUUGAAUUGUACAUUUUCUUUUAAACCAAUGCCAAUUACAAACAAUCAUUAGUGGAAAUAAGUUUUUGCAAAGGACAAUGAUAUUUGGCUUAAGAGCCUGUUUUUAACCGACAUGUUGAAAUAUGAUCGGAUGUGCACUCACUCUUACAGCGCAAAUAAUGACUGGGUUUUACUGUUUAUUUGAUAUGAAUAUGUACAAUUUAGGUUUGAAUAUAUUUUGCAUUGAAGAAAAGGAUAACAGUUUGUAGAAACUCAACAAAAAACAGUUGGAGCAACAAAUAUUACCAGACAUAUAAAAAUACAUUACAUAUCUAAAGUAACUGAUGUCAGUGGUGGCGUGAAUCUGUUUAAGAAAAUGACGUUCUGAAAACUUGAUUAUAGCCAUAGAAUGAUACAACAGUCUAUAGUCUUGCCGGCAGCCAUAUCAAUAUUUCAUGAACAUUUUUCUGAAAAAAAUAUGCUUUGACAGAAGGUGUUUUACGUUUAAAUGGUAGGUCUAACGUUGUACUAAAUUGUCAAAAGAAACGAAACAAUCCUUUUCUUAUUUCUUAUCUUUAUUAACUAUCCCUUUCUUAUUUCUAAUUUGUUUCCGUAAUAAUAUCGAUUUGAUAUAAUUUUUAAAAGAUUAAUGUAUCGUUUUUUCAAAUUGUUAAUGUCUCUCUUUUGAAUAACUUUUUUUUAAUGUCAUUUAAAUCAUAUUUUAUGGGUUUUUAUUUCAGAUUACAUGUCCUGAGUGUGUAAUGAUAAACAACACGUUGAGUGGUAUGUUUAUGAAGAAGACUUUAAGAUUGCAUUGGGUGGUAUUAGAGAACAAGAAAAGAAGAGAAAAUCACCUUAUGAAAACAUGUAUUAAAAUUAUGUUUUAUGUACUACGAAAUUAGAUAACUGAUGCUGGAUGAGGUUUAGUACUUAGAUUUGUAGAUAGUUAUUCAUUUCAUUUAACCUGUUAGAUAAUAUAUAUGAAAUAAUUAUCGAGAGAAAUGUUAACACAAUUGAUGGUAUUUGUUUUUUGGUAAAAUCAUUGCAUACUGAGUCAUGUUUAGUUUAAUGAAAGAAAAAAAAACAACAACAAAAAAGCUAGUAUGUUUGUUAUGAAUAAAGGUCUUUAUAAAAUCAUAUGUAGAAAAUGUAUUAAACAAGUUGUAAUACAACACAUUUUGAAAUUUAAUAAUCUAUUUUUAUAAUCAAUAAUUCAUUUUGUUUUUGUAUGCUGUAUAUGAAUCAUGCCUCAAUUUGUUUUAUGACUUUUAAUAAAGACGUGCCUUGUUGAAAGCGCUGGAACUUCUUUUCAAUAUCUAAAUUGACACGCGGCAGAAAUUAUCAGCAUCGUGUUACCAUAGUAACAAGGUUAAUUGUCUUUAAUAUAAAAAGUAUUUUGAUAUUGGUAAUUUGUCUAGAGGGUCUUUUAUAGCAGAUAUAAUUAGUACGCCUAGAGAGAUGUUCAUUUUAAUAAGACUCAAAAUACAACACCGGGUUUUCUAUGAAAGAAAUUGGUUUCUAUAGCAACUGUCUAUUUAUCCUUUCAUUUCACAGCGUAUUUUAAGAAAGUCAUAUUUGAGCGUAUAUCCAUAUAGAUUUCUGUUUCGCCUCCAAUCGAGAAAAUGUCAGUGGUCAAUUAUUCAAAGCUUUUAAAAGCACUAGGAGAAAAUCUAUUGAAACAGAGCAACAUAAUGUAUUGGCAUGGUGGCAAUGAAAUUCUAGAAACUCCAGUCUUGGCAUCUCAUUACUAUUUGACGUAACAUUAUUUUAAAUGUGGGCUUAUUUUUUUACAUAUGCAAAGUAACAAGGGAUAAAAGCACUUAUGAUUUCUACAUUAACUACCUUUAAUUGCUUUCUUUGAGGUUUUUUUACAUGGCAUGACGGGACUUGUAAUAUUAUCUUUAUUUAGAUUUGUUGUACCAUUUGAUGAAAGUCUUCAUAAAAUAAUUGUGCGAAAUAUUUUAAAUCAUUUUUCUCACUCCUUUUUCGAGGAAUAAAUUUAUUGUCUUAGAUGACCUAAAAUGUUUAAACGCUGCUUACUUAACUUAAUCUAAGAAUGCCAAACACAUUUGGUUUAAGACUUAUUGCUAAAUACAUUACGUAUGUCAUGUGCAUAUGUUCUUGUUUUAAGCGCCCCACUUAAUCUAUAAAAUAAUUUCAAAUUUUCUCUAAUUUGACCUCUGGAAUUCAGUGGAGAGUUCCUUUCUUUUAAAUACGUUGUACAUAUUAGAACGACAAAUGUAUGCAGAAACAUCAAUUAAAACGUUUUAUGUUCAUUUAUUUUUUAUGCUUAGCUACCUAAUUUGGAAUUACUUAGAAUUUGUUAAAGACCAGAUUAAAAAAUGUAACUAUUUAAUACUAAUAAAAUUGUUUAGAAACAUAGUUUCCUCCAGUGUACCUUUAUUUGCAAGAUUCUUGCUUUUUCUGUACCGACGGAUUAGACAGACAUAAUUUAUUUUGUUGAAGACCAAAUUAAGUCAAACAAUGUAAUUAUUUAAUAUUAAUAAAAUUGUUUAGAAAUA